AUGUUGCAAAAAAAAAGGCGGCUGAGUCUGUGUGUUGGAUGUGGGGCUCAAAUUCACGAUCAAUACAUAUUAAGGGUGGCACCAGAUCUCGAAUGGCAUGCGGCCUGUUUAAAAUGUGCCGAAUGCCAUCAAUUUCUUGACGAAAAUUGUACGUGUUUUGUUAGAGAUGGUAAAACAUAUUGCAAAAGAGAUUAUGUGAGAUUAUUCGGGACCAAGUGUGAUAAAUGCGGGCAAAGUUUUAGUAAAAAUGAUUUUGUUAUGAGAGCAAAAACAAAAAUAUAUCACGUGGAUUGUUUUCGGUGUACGGCUUGCGAAAGACAAUUGGUUCCCGGUGAUGAAUUUGCAUUAAGAGAAGAUGGACUUUUUUGCAAAGAAGACCACGAAGUACUCGAUAAAUCAUGUACGGGAGAACAUAAUAAUAAUAAUACAAAUGUAAAUAAUAACAACAGUAAUAGUGUACAUAACGAAGGAUCCAAUUCUGGUUAUGAAUGGUUAACUUCACGGUUUGAUGCGUUUAAUUCAAUGUGUGCAGAUGAUGUCCGAUUGUGUGUGUCCCAUUUUUUUGCCUACUAUUCGUCGGAAUCGGGUUCGAAUAAAGGUAGAGAUAGCGGAAGCUGUAGAUCGAGCGGAGGAACAAAUAAAGUUUCAUCCGACGGAAAACCGACGAGAGUGAGGACCGUCCUUAAUGAAAAACAAUUACACACGCUUCGUACCUGUUACGCGGCAAAUCCUCGACCUGAUGCUCUUAUGAAAGAACAAUUAGUUGAAAUGACAGGUUUAAGUCCGAGAGUGAUUCGCGUUUGGUUUCAAAAUAAAAGGUGUAAAGAUAAAAAAAGAGCAAUAUUAAUGAAACAGCAAUUGCAACAGGAAAAAGAUGGUAGAAAAUUAGGUUACGGUGGAAUGCAAGGUAUACCAAUGGUAGCAUCGAGUCCUGUAAGACACGAAAGUCCUCUCGGUCUUAAUCCAAUAGAAGUACAUUCUUAUCAACCUCCUUGGAAAGCUCUGUCGGAUUUUGCAUUGCAUACGGAUUUAGACAGGCUUGAUCCGGCAGCUCCGCCAUUUCAACAUUUGGUCAAUCAGGUAAAUUUUUUUAAUUUAAAUCCGCCUCCUCCCCACCAAUCAUUUCCAUCGACGUUAACAAAUCCCACUUUUAUCUCGUCCAUGCACGGUUACGAUAUUCAUGGACCACCAUCACAUCACGAUUUAGGACCCCCACCAAAUGACGUAGGACAUCCAGAUUCAACAGAUUCAUAUGUAACGUACCUGGAAAGUGAUGAUGAUCACGACGGUUCGAGUCCUUAA